UUGCCCGGCACCGCCAUGGCUCAUGUGUUGUGGUGUCUGUUCUGGCUGGCUUUGCUUCCUGCAAGAGGACUGCUUGCCGUCCCCAGAGAAGGCUUUCGACAUGAGAACCCUUCCGCUUGCCACUGCUGCCAGAAGAUGGGGCCGAUUCGCCGAUCUGCGCAUUGCCACUCCUGUUCGGCUUGGGUUUGCCCAGAGAAAUCCUGUCGGGAGAAGGCGAAAGUGCUUGAUGAUCUGCCCCUCUGGUCUUGCUGCCAUUGCAUGGGCAUCCCGCUCGUUUGCAGAUGUCCACAGAGCGAGAAGGACAUGAGUCAAUUGCUUUUAAAGACAGAGCUGCGGAGAAAUCUUCCUGCGGAGCUGCGAAGCUCCCGAGAACUGCCAAAGACUGCAGAUCUCAAUCGCAAGCGUAGACGCUGCCAAACUUGGUGGCAAGGCACGAGUAUCGAGCCUCUUCCUUGCGCAGAUCCAGCCGCCCAUCUCCGCUUCCUCGGUGAUGCUGGCAUGCUGCGGAAGAUGCAGCCGUUGGAGAAAGAAGCGCCAACUCAUCCGGCUCAGCGCUGCCCUGGCCAAGCUGCUCGAGUGUACAAGCGCGGCGACAUUGUUACCGCGUCGGUGUUGCCCCACAUGAUCGAUUCGACCAGGGACAAGAACAAGGGCUUCAUCGAGGAUCGAAUGUCGCGACGUCCGCCGGCAGAUCCACCGCCUCAGGAGCUGCGGAGAGACAUCCAAGAGCGAUGUUACGCUGCCGAGCAGCGCCUUCGGGACUUUUGUCGAGGACACAUGUCCCCUGAGCAACAGGCCACAGGCCAUGCCGAGCAGGCUGCCAAAGGUGAUGCAGCAAAGGCCAAGGCGCCCGACGACGUGUCGCAGAGGCACUCUCCAAGCCCGAACGAGGCUGCAACAAGGGCCGCGCUGCCGGCAUCCGCCAAAUCGGCGGAGGCGGUAUUCUGUGGAAGUCCUGGGACGCCGAUCGGUGUGCAGGACCCUGCCGCUCUGCGAUCAACUAUUCCGCGGAGUGGGAGGAGUCCAUCUUCGUUUCACAUUCCAAGUCCAUGUCACAUCAACAUGUCAGCGGUGUCUGCAAGAGAUGUCCAAGAUGUUUCUCCGUCCGCCACCACUGCGUCGCCUUCUGUGAGGCCGCAGCCGGAGCUGCCAGCAUUUCAGCAGGUGCAGCAGGACUUCCCAGGCACAGCGACACGUCCUGCGGGUGCACAGGCUGUGGAAGCAGAAGGCUCUGUGCCCUACGGAGAAGACAGCGGGGUUUUAUCUCAAGGCAUCAUGAGUCUACCGCUCGAGGACCUCGGGCUUCAGUCAGAAGAUCUGGCUUCGCAGCGGGAGCGGGGCAGUGGAUUCAAUGUCAACGACGAUCCCUCCAGCGUGAGCGUCUAUGCAACGAUCCCUCUUUUGCCGUUGAAGCGCAGCAGUGCGCCGCAGGCGGCUCCUGUGAACAGGAAAAAGAAGGACGAGAAGGAAGAAAGCGCUAGAUCCAGCCGGAGAAGCAGCGUGUCGGGCUUUGUGGCAGCAUCGAUUGAAGAAGUCGGCAUGGAGCCCCUGGCGAGGGACAGUUCAUGCGGCAGAGCGUUGAGAGCCAAAACGGAUCCCCCCACAGCGACACAAGACAGCGCAGAAGAAGCGCAACAUGACUCAGGGCCAGGGACGGAGCCAGUGACCAGGGAGAAGAACGACGAGGGGGAAGGAAGCGCUAGAUCCAGUGGAAGAAGCGGCGUGUCGAGCUCUGCGGCAGAAUCGAUUGAAGAGAUCGGCAUGGAACCUGGCGCGAGGGGGAGAGCGUUGAGUGUCGAGAUGGCGCCUCCGACCGCGAAGGAAAGCAGUGCAGAAGCAGCAAAAGCUGGCCCUUUGCCGGGGGAGGAACCAGAGACCAGGGAGAAGAAAGACGAGAAGGAAAGCGCUAGAUCCAGCCGGAGAAGCAGCGUGUUUGAGGCCUUCAGCCACCUCGAUGACUUGGCUGAAGAGAGGAACCGGCUAAGCACCGAGUUGGAAGACUUCCAAGCUGGGGCGCACGUGACCCAGAUCGCACAGACGGAAGAGCACUGGGAGACACACUCCCGCGACGAGAAAGCUACGAAACUGCAGGAGCAGGUUCUCAGCCAAGAAGACAGCGGCAAAGAAUUGGAGGAGGACCUGAUGUUAGCAAGGGCUCAGCUCGGAGCUCUGGAGGCACGAGAGGCGGAGCUGGCGCAG